GCCGCGCGCGCGCCAUGCUUCGAUUGCAUCGGCGAAGCAUGGCCAAGUUAUGCGCUGUCGCGUGCCUUCUGUCCGUGGCGUCGUCGUUCGUGGUCCCGCGCAGCGCGCGCUCCCAGACCCUCGUCGUGCGCUCCAAGACCUACGACGACGAGACGGACGUGAACGUGCUCAUGACGGCGCUCAACGCCGCCGUCGCCCGCGAGGACUUCCGGGAGGCGUCGAGCUGCAAGAAGCGGCUCGACGCUUUGCGGGGCGGCGCGGCCGCGGCGGCGCCGCAGGCGGGCGACUGGGAGCAGGAGGGCGCGCCGCGGUGGCUCCAGCGGCGGCUGAGGGACUUGGGCAUGCGGUUCCCGACGCCCGUCCAGGCCGCGGCCGUCCGCGAGGUCGCCGGCAACGGCGGCGACUGCGUCAUCGCGGCGCCGACGGGCAGCGGCAAGACCCUGGCCUUCCUCGUGCCCCUGCUCGGCGCCGUGGAGGGCGAGAUGAUGCGCCGCGAGCGGCGCCAGCUCGAGGCGAGUUCAAACCUCGGCCUGCUCACGCCCGCGGCGGCGAUGGCGGCCUUCUCGCCGGCGCUCUGGACGUCGGCGCAGGUGUCGCCGCCGAGCCGGCCGCCCCAGUUCGGCCCGCGGCGCGGCGCGCCGCUCGCGCUCGUCCUCGCGCCGAGUCGGGCGCUCGCGGUGCAGCUGGCGACGGCGACGUUCAGUUUGGUCGGCGGCACGAACCGCAACAAGGGCUCCUACUUCCCCGGCGACAAGGCGUCGCUGUUCGCCUACGAGGGCCCCAAGGGCGCGCGCGUCGUCGCGCUCGCGUCCGACGGCGACGCGGAGCGCGCGGUCCGCGCCGCGCGGAGCCGGAGGGACGGCGCGUACAAGCGCGCGCUCGCGGACGGCCUCGUCUUCGACGAGGGCCGCGUGCGGCCCGUCGACGAGACCCAGUUCGACGACCUCGAGGACUGCGACGUGCUCGUCGCCGACGCGCGGACGCUGCUGGACGCGCUCGACAGGGCAGCAAAAGAGAGCGAAAUUCCCAACUUCAAAGGCUCAUAUCUCGGCCGUUUUCCACUCGCGCUCGAGGACGCGCCGGACCUCUUCGACGCGAGCGCGCUGCGCCUCGUCGCCGUCGACGAGGCCGACGCGAUCGCCCGCGAGGCGCGCGACGUGCUCGACCGGCUCGGCGACCCGCCGGGCGCCGCGCGCCUGCUCGUGGGCGCGUCGCUCGACGGCAGCGAGGCCGCCGCGCUCGCGCGCGGCGGCCCCCUCGCGGCGCCGGCGAGCCUCGACCACCGCUUCAUGGGCGUGGAAGACUACCGGCUCCCCCUCGUGCUCGCGCGGUCCCUCCGGCGGGACCUGGCGGACUGGGAGGCGGCGGGGUCGCCGCCGCCGCGGCCGCGCGCCGUCGUCUUCGCGCGCGACGAGGCCGGCGCGCGCGCGCUCGCGGACCCACUGCGCACGGCGCUCUGGGGCGCCCACGCCGUGGCGGCGCUGCUGCCGGAGACGGGCGGCGCGCCCCUCGAGGCCGCGGCGUCCUUCGGCCGCGCGGGCGCCGAGUCGGGCGACGACUUCGCGGCCGUCGCGGCCGUCAACGCGGCGACGCUGCUCGUGACGGUGCCUUCGGCCGCGCGGGGCCUCGACUUCCCCAACGUGUCCCACGUCUACGCCGUCGGCGCGCCGCCGGGCGACGGCCGCGACGCCGCGGCGACCUACGCGCACGUCGCGGGGAGGUGCGGCCGCGUGGGCCAGGCGGCCCGCGGCGUCGUCACGACGCUCGGCGGCGACGACGACCGCGCGGCGCUCGAGGGCGUGCUGCGGGACCACUUCGAGGGCGUCGAGGUCGCGGACGCGGCGCCGCCGCCGUCCCUCGCGGACGAGCCCCUCCCGGACGAGCCCCUCCCGGGCGCGGGCGCGGACGCGGACGCGCAGCGCGCCUACCUCGAGGACGUCUUCGCCCUGCGCGACGUCGACGACGGCGGCGGCGACUAAUUAGCCUAGGCCGA